AUGGAAGAUGACAAUCAGCCUUCAAAUGUACAAGACUUGUGGGAUAGUGACCUUGAGAAUUUAAUUCGUGCAAACUCAACUCGCAGCUCUAACCAAGAGCAUUUAAUAAGGGACCUAUAUCAGCAACUGUACAGCGCUGACAUCGACGACCCAAUCUCAUCCUUUCCCAUGAAUAGUCCAGCCAUGUCUGAAACAAAUUUAUCAACUAGUACAUCACUUCAAUCUUCAACAGCAAAUUCUUCAUCAAGCAACGAUGAAGAGAUACCUCGUAAACUAUCCAAGCAAACCAUGGGAGAUAAUACCCAUGAUAGCAGAGUAGACAACCAAAAAGUAGAAAAAGGAACAUCGAGAUAUGAUGAAACUGGCCAUGUUGAUGGUGUUGAAUCAACCGUUGAUGAACAGAAUCAAUCGAAUACGCUUCCUGAAUCUCAACCAAAUCAAGCUGAAAAGUCGGAUAAUGAAGAGUCAAUGGAAUCAUCGCCACCGAUAACUCGUACGAGAAGGGAAUUCAUCACUGAUCAAGGGCACCAAAGUUCCGGCUUUAAUCAAAUAAGAAAUACAAAUGCUCCAUCGAACAGGGAAAACGAUCCAUUAAUUCGUCAUCUUCAUCAAUGCAAGACGCACAUUGCCUUUGAACCCCUGCGGAAUCCUAUACCAAAUCCAAGCCUUACAUUUCGUCGAAAACUAUUAGCGCCUGGAUCUAUCCUCAAUGGUGGUCCUGGACGUGGUAGAUGUAAUAAUCAGCAAGGUUUACCCAUACCUAGAUUUCUACAAAAUGCUUUAAGGAACACUAAUCCGAGAGUUGCUUCUAUACUAACUGCUGAUCACAGUUUAAUGCAUCCUAUGCUGCCGAGGAUGCCGAUGCCUAUAGCCGCGAACAAUGCUGGAUUUGAGGAGCUUCCUGAUAUAUCACUAUUGGAUACUAACACGAAUAGUAACGUGGUUGGUACGAGGAAUCAGAACCAUUCUCCAUCUUCCGAUAGGCAACCACAAGAGCAUAAUACUACUGCAGAUGCCAGCAAUACUAACGUAGAUAAUUCUAACCCGCCACUAACUGCGACUUCACAGCCUCAAUAUAGCGCAGCUGAUGCCAAUUCUGUAUUUACAGAUGCAGAAGGCGAUAAUACGAGUUUGACCAGUAGCGAAGCAAAUCAGUCGACAGAUAUUUCUGCUCCAGCUGAAACAUCUCUUAGCCCUUCUUAA